AUGACGUGCACUCAAGAUAUCUCAUCGCAAAAGGCUUGGGCAGCACGUGCCUUCGAUAUCGAAGUGGAUGGGAAGGCAGUCUCAGUCAGCUCAAAUUUGUACGCGGCUCUAUUAGGGCUUCGUAGUCACUUGACGCACCAAAAAGAUCCCAGGUUCCCAGAUGCACCUCAAAGCUCAGGGCUCUUCUGGAUCGAUGCCUUGUGUAUCAAUCAAAACGACCUAGAAGAGAAAAGCAUUCAAGUCAUGAUGAUGAGUCGUAUCUACCAUCAAGCCCGCCUCGUAUUUGCAUGGCUUGGUGGUGGUGACCAAUUAUCUGCUCAGGCAUUCCAUGAUCUAGCCACCAUUGCACAGCUUUGUCAAGGAAAGAAACGAGAUCCAAAAGAGUUGAGGAGUUUUGACAUCUCAUCUGAUGAAACAUAUCAGAAGCUAGGGAUAUCAAAACUGGAUUAUACGUCCUGGAUCGGCGUAUUUCUCUUCCUCAAUCGUGCUUGGUUCAAGAGGGCUUGGAUAGUUCAGGAGAUCGCACUUGCUCGGGAGCCGUGGUUCAUGUGUGGCAGACAGCUUGGGAGUGUUGAAGUUAUCCUUGGGUCGUUUGAGAUCUUGCAACAAUCGAGGUGGCUUCAUCAGCUGAGGAAGAUGGCAGAGCCACUUAUACAAAAUUUCCGGACGGAGGCUGACUUCAGCUCGGGUUUAACUUCAGCUAAGAGUUCCGUCAAGUUUUAUCGACCGAAGAAGACACACGUGCUGGACAGCACCCUCGGGUCCAUUAUCCGAGAGGUCAGAAUUUCCAUAGGGACAUUCGAUGGCUGGACCAAAGACGGAUCAACUCUGAAGCGGCCAAGUCUGUUGCAGCUUUUGGAGUGGUAUCGAUACACUGAGUCUGGUGACGCUCGUGAUAAAGUCUACGCUUUUGUGGGUCUUUCGUGGGAACAAGAGACACGUCCUCUGAUGGUGAAUUACCACUUAGGUGUUCGAGAAGUCUUCGUAGACGUGACGCGAUAUCUUCUCGGGCAUUUGCAGAGUUUGAAGAUAUUCUCGGUGAAGAAAUACCCUAUCGACGCGGAACCGACACUCGAUCUACCGUCUUGGGUGCCAGAUUUUACUGUUCAAAAUUCAGUAAGGUUGAUCAACGAACACAAAACCUUUGCUGCCUCCAAGGGGCUUAGGUGGCUUAAUCCAGUAUAUCUGCCUGGUAGUAAGCUUCAGUUGAGAGGUUUCAAGCUCGAGAAAAUCUCAAGUAUUGGUGUUGCGUUCAAGUGGGCAGCGAUAUCAGAGUUGUCUCUGCUUCUGCAGAAGGUAAACCCGCCGAAAGGGCAGACACGAUUCGAGACCCUCUGGAGGACAAUACUCUUGGACAUAUUCGAAGAAACCACACCUGCGUCCAUGGCAUGUGGCAGCUCGUUCUUGGAGCUGCUUGAGAGAACUGUGCUCUACCGGCAGGUGUUCGCUGCAUUUAGCUUACGAUACGCUGACUAUAUGACUGGGUUUCGGGACAAAGCUCAGGCUUCAUUAGACGCUGCACCAGAAGACUUCCGUGGCCUCAUGGACUUUGAGCAAGCCAAGCUGCUGUUGGGAGCCACGUAUACCGCCUUUCAACGCAUCACUGGGCGGUGCAAAGAGACGGAUGGCAUUGUCUUCCCUCCCGAAUUCGUCGACUUCGAGUAUCGGAGAGCUGAGAGCGGAGACAAGACGGAGGAUCGCUUGGUCAUCGAGGAGUUCCAUGACGAGCUGACGAAGAGGAUGAAUCAAGCCAAAAUUAAAACCAAGGAUGAUGUUGAUUUUCAGAUUUCAGCGACAGCUACGGGAAGGCUACUAUUUGUAACAGGAAGUGGUGAUUUGGGAAUGGGUCCUCCAGUCUUAGAAGUAGGAGAUGAGGUGUGGAUUCUGACUGGUGCUGACGUUCCUUUGAUCUUGCGUCCGUCCGCAUCGUCGGGUGAGUACAGAUUGGUUGGCGAGGCGUAUGUUCACGGUAUCAUGCAGGGCGAGGCACUUGCAGAUGUGCAGGAAAAUGAUUUAAGAGAAGUCAUUCUAGUAUGA